UUAAUUUUUGGACUAUUUACUCAUACAAUACCAAUAAUAUAUAUCAGAUAUAUUUCACUAUCAAACUCUUCUCCUAGCUAACUCAGUGGUUUCCAGAGUUAACUUACAGAAGACUUGCGUUAUCGAUCUACAGAUCCUCAGGCCAGAGACCUAAAGUACUGCUUCUUGAUUAGAUAUCAAUUAGGGUCAGCUGAAGCCGAAUUCAUACAUGAAGUUUAUGUCUACUCUAAUAAAUCAAUGGUGUGAUAAGGAAGAUGAUAAACAGUUCAAGGGGAAAAAAUGUGCGAGCCAAGCAAGAAGAAGCUGAAACCAAUGACAUCAAAUCAUCGAGUACCACUAUCACAUCUAGUUCAAGGCAGUGGGCUGGAUUUAAAAAUCCAAGAAUCGUACGUGUUUCACGUUCUUUUGGAGGGAAAGACAGGCAUAGCAAAGUGUGCACCAUAAGGGGUCUAAGAGACAGAAGGAUUAGACUUUCAGUGCCUUCUGCAAUUCAGCUGUAUGAUCUACAAGACAGGCUCGGACUCAAUCAACCAAGCAAAGUUGUCGAUUGGCUUCUUGAUGUCACGAAAGAUGAUAUUGACAAACUUCCACCACUUCAGAUGCCACCGGGAGACUUUACUCAGUUCUAUCAGCAAACCCUAGCUCCUCAUCACGAGCUGAUCAAUAGUAUCCCUCCGUCUUCUCUCUCUCCCUUUUUUAGUACGAAUUCAGAAUUCGUGAAAGAUGGGGGAAAUCAAGUAUUUGGCAAAGAAGAACUCAGAAUCAAUGACAGUAAUGAGGAUGGUCAAAGCAAUACCACAAGAAAGUCGAAAUACUGGCCUAAUUUGGAUACUGAUUCAAGAGCAAAAAACAAAGAGAUUGAAGGAGAAAAUAUCAACAAGUGGAAUGUUCCAGCAAACAUGCAAGAAACUGAAGGUGGUCAUAAUAGUGUAAGCUACAACCCACAACUUUCAGCUCAAAAUUUUCUCCCAUUGGUCAAUCAAUUUCCCUUUCCGAGCCUCAUAAGCAACACCAUGGCGGCGUACAAUUGGGAGCCUCCAAGUUUAUCUCUAUCCCAAUUCGGAACUCAAGUGUUUCCUUCACAAGUUCAUUCCCAAGGCUCCACUCCUUCAGGUUCAUUACCUCCUGUGGCUCAUCCAACUCCAUCUCAACUUAUCUUCUAUCCACCGCCAACGCCACUAUUCUCCCCUCAGUAUCCUUCUUUCACAAGUACUUCUUCGAUGGAGAAUGAUCCGAGACAUGCUAACCACUUCCCGUUCCUUAGCUCAGGUACACAGAAUAUUGCCCCUAGUUCUGUUGUGUCACCUUUUCGAUUCAUCAAUCCUUUCAAUAUUAAUACAAAGGAGAAUUCGCAAAACAAUGACGAUACAGCCAAGUAAGGUGCACACUGCUUAUACUAAAUUGUUUCUUAAAACUACAUGUAGCUAUUAUGAGUAAUUCUAUAUUACUGCUACAUACAUUCUUCGAACUGUGGAUGAUCGCCUCUCGAUCAACACCGGAUAGACACUAUAUACCUUCCUACAUAAUAUCUGUAUGAGUGUUUCUGUUUUUUUUUAUUUUUAUUUUGUGUGUGUGAGUGUGUGCAUCCAGAAGACACUUUGCUGCAUUGGUGUGAAGUAUACAGAAGACACUUCUACAUUGUAUGACUAUACGAACUAGCCUAGUUAUGCAGAGGGCGCGCGAAUUCAAACAUGUAAGUUGUGAACUUAAUUACAGUAUAUACCUCCUUCCAUAUUA